CAUCUCCCCCAAUUCGAAUGAAAUCGAAGUCCAGAACAAACCUUGAGUUCGAAGCUUCGCAUUCGUACAGAAGCGGAACAGCCACAGCUGCAGCAGCAGCAGCGAAGGGAAUCAGCAAGACUGUUGGUGGUGGUGCUGCUGAUGUUGUUGAUGAAGCAGAGUCAGGGUUUGAUUGAGGCAUGGGAAGCCCGGUAGUAGCCUCAUCCAUGACCGCUUUGAUGUGCAUCUGGUGUCACGACCAGGUCGCUGCUGUGUCCCAGAAUCAGGGCAUGGACUUUCUGGAUCCGGGCCGGCCAAUUGCAAUGAACUGUUCCUUGUUUCUUUCCUCCGCAGGGCUAUGAAGCUGGUGUGGUGUUUGCAGCAGCGGAAUUUUUACACAAGAUCGAUUCAGCUGUAGGAUUUGGUUUAAAUUCCGUUGCAUUGGCCGGUGUUCUGAGUUUCGCUGAUUGAAUUCGUCAAGUGUUGUUAACGUCGACUGGAGUCCAGGUAAGUUGUGGUCGAGAGCUUUUAGUGUUGUCUAUUCUAUCUUGUUGCUUCCUUGUUCAUGUCGGAGAUAUGUCUUUCCUUGUUUCGAUUUUUUUGCGACGUUGUGGAAUAGAACAUGUAAGUUGAGGGGUAGUGUGCAGAAUUCAUCGACUCCAGGAAGCAUGUUGUUUUACAUAUUUCGUUACAGAAAAAUGAGCGUCGUUGUGCUUUCUAUGUCUCCUUCGCAUGGUAGUUUGCACGGCUAUUUUUGAGAAUUGUCGAUUACGUAUGCAUAGAGAUAGUAUGUCAUCCAAUUAAUCUGCAGCUGGUUUGUUUAUUCUGCGGACGAGAUCGUCCAGCUGUUGCAGCUACAGCUGUAGUGCCCACUGAGCGAACAAUUUAGAAGCUCACUAAUGAAAGUUUAUUGCCAACUUCAGUUUCAUAUCCCCAUUAAGCUUGAAUAUUUUAUAUUGACUGGAUCCUUCCGUGUGAUACCAAAUGAAAUCUUUCUGUUCUACUGGUACUUGUAGUGCGGUAGUUUUUCACAGUCGCAAUAACAGUGUUCACUGCUAGUUCUUUUUAGAGAAUUUAGGCGACUUUUUUUGGAAAAGAAGCGAGUAAGAACCAGUAAAGAUUUUUACCCUGACUUUGUUAAAUCUUCCGACAAUUUCCUGUUCUAGUAAAGGUAAUGGAAUACAUUUAUCACGUGUAAAAUAGGAGUUAACUCACAACUACUUCACGUUUGUGCAUCGGAAGAGCUCCGAUCCUUCAUGAUCGCAUGCUUGUAUUCAAAGUGUACGAACAUGGAUGCUUGUUUAGUAUUUUCUGCUCAACAAUGCUUUCAUUUUUUUUUUUCUUUUUUUAAUCAGUAUCUCAGUCACUCCUUGAGUCUUAAAUUUGUUGGUCUUGAGCAGUGAUGACGGAGAUAGCUGUUUGCAGUGCUACCGUCACCAAUAAUUCGUACUUCAACCAGUUUCCUUCAAAUCAGGAGUCAUCAUAGUGUGAAUUGUAAGAUUUGUCUACGCAGUCCAAGGCGCUUGAGGGAACUGGAAACAUUGGUUGGCAGAGAGAUUAUUCUCACAUUCGCAGGUUGGUCAACUUUGAGCAAAAAUUCAAAAAAUUGCAAGCUUGACGGUUCUUGAGUCUUUGUCGAUUCAAGAAAUACUAUAACAUAUUUGAGAUACAAUCUAUUCUUCCAAAAUUGUCAUCAUUCAACGUGAUGGCAAGAGAGAUCGGAAGUCCCGAGAAACAGGCAGAGUUUUUGAAAGACCAAGGAAACCAAUAUUUUAAGAAGGGGAAGCUUGGUGCUGCUAUCGAGGCUUAUACCCAGGCUAUAGAUUUGUGCCCAAAGGUUCCAGCAUUUUGGACAAAUCGAGCCCUUUGUUACAAGAAACGGAGUGAAUGGGAUAAAGCCGAGAGGGAUUGUUUGAAAGCACUGAAGCUUGACAAUAGCUUAACAAAGGCACACUACAUAUUGGGGUUGGCUCUGUUGGAACGAGAACAGUAUCAUGAUGCUACGAACCAUCUCGAAAAGGCGUUGGAUUUGGGAAGGGGAGGCAGCGCAGGUAGUUACAUGGUAGAAGAAAUUUGGCUUGAACUUGCAAAAGCUCGAUACACAGAGUGGCAGGUUGAAGCCGCAAAAAGGCAGCGUCAACAACGUGAAUUGAAGGAUUCUCUAUUCGAUCUAAUGAUGCAAGACUACGAAAAUAAGUUAAGGGAUUUAAAAUUAGAAUCAUCAACAGAGCAGGCACAGUUUGGCUACAGAGAUCCAAAUAGAGUCAGUCAUUUGACUGAUGAAGAGGUGAGUGCUUAUCAUAUUGAGCGUCAUCCAGUUAAGGAAUCUCAGGUUACUGCUGAAGAGCGCCGUAAAGCAGAACUUUUCCAACUCACCGGAGAUUUCCAGGAUCGUCUUCGAACAAUGGAAGAAGUGUUUGAUAAAGCUGGUGCUCCAGACAGGCCUGGUGAGGUACCUGAUUAUCUGUGCUGCCAAAUCAGUAUGGACAUCUUUAGGGAUCCUGUUAUCACCCCGAGUGGUGUGACAUACGAGAGAUCCAUCCUUCUGGAGCAUCUUUGCAAGGUCGGUAAGUUUGACCCAAUCACAAGAGCAACAUUGCACCCAGAGCAAGUAGCUCCAAAUUUAGCUGUCAAAGAUGCAGUGCAAACUUUCCUGUCCCAGAACGGUUGGGCAUACAAAAUGUAGAAUUGAUAAGCUAGCAUAUAGAAUUGAUCUACGAUCAAGCGUGGUAUAGAGUAGACAUCUUGUUGCAGUUGAGGUGCAUAAUAGGGGGCGAGAUAUUCGAUUAUUUCUAGCAUAAUUUUUGAGGUGGAUACUAAGUUUUCCAAUGUUUUAUGAGGUUUUCACUGUUAAAUUUGUAGGGUGUGGUAAAAGCAAGGUAUUUUGGUAUUUCGGAUUUUAGCCAAGGUUACGUAUGCUAAGAAGUUUGAUUGGGUUGUGGUCUUUCUUCUACACUCUGUGAGGUAAUAUAGCAUUGGGUGCCAAAUCCUAUUGGAUGUAGGCAAUUUAGUUUGGUUAGUGGUUUUUCAUUCAUUGAGCCUUUUUUAUUAGUUGACAUAGUGUCAACUAAGGUUUGAAUAUUUGGGUGGAAAAAAAUCCUUGAUUUGAUGUCUUUGUCA